UUGCUCAACAUGGCUGACAAGCCAGAAAACGCUCCGGAGCAUUGCCCAGGUAAAGAGAGUGAAAAUGCAGGAAAAGGAGACGCUUGUCAAGGCUGUCCGAAUCAGUCUAUAUGUGCUUCCAGUGCUCCAAAAGCUCCAGAUCCAGCCAUCGCUGAAAUUGGUGAGAAAUUGUCAAGCAUUCGUCACAAGGUCCUUGUGUUGUCUGGAAAAGGAGGCGUAGGGAAAAGUACAUUUACAGCUCACAUGGCACAUGGCUUGGCAACUGAUGAGUCCAAACAGGUGGCAGUGCUGGACGUGGACAUCUGUGGGCCAUCCAUGCCCCGGGUGAUGGGGGUGGAAGGGGAGCAGGUACAUCAGAGUGGAUCAGGAUGGUCUCCUGUGUACAUAGAGGACAACCUAUGUGUAAUGUCUGUGGGCUUUCUGCUGGCCAGCCUCGAUGAUGCAGUCAUAUGGAGAGGACCUAAGAAAAAUGGAUUAAUCAAACAGUUCCUGAGAGAUGUGGAUUGGGGAGAGCUGGACUACCUAGUCAUAGACACACCCCCAGGAACCACUGAUGAGCACAUCUCUAUAGUACAGUACCUGUCCCAGGCUAAUGUGGAUGGGGCUGUCGUUGUGACCACACCUCAGGAAGUCUCCUUGAUGGAUGUCAGAAAGGAAAUAAACUUUUGCCGUAAAGUGGAGUUGCCGAUUCUGGGUGUUGUGGAGAACAUGAGUGGAUUUGUUUGUCCCAGUUGCAAGGUGGAGUCCGUCAUAUUCCCACCAUCCACAGGAGGAGCAGAGAAGAUGUGUGCAGACCUGAACAUCCCAUUCCUUGGCAAACUGCCCCUGGAUCCUCGGAUAGGUAAAUGUUGUGAUGAAGGUCGAUCGUUCUUGUCAGAAGUCCCAAACUCUCCAGCAUCCCAAGCAUUCAGAGACAUCAUAAACAAAAUUCGAGUACAUUGUGGAGACUCCACUCUAGAAAAGGAGACAGGAGAGGUAACCAUGGAUGUCAGCUGAUAGAAGUACCAUGCUAUGACCAACAUACAGUCCACUAACCAGUUUUGUGAAAUUUCAAAUUUUUACCAAUAUGUUUGAAUGUAGAAUUUCAACUUCAGUAGUUUCAUAUGCAAUAUGUUGGAUGAGUGUAAAUACUGCUAAUUCUCAUUUAGGCCCAAAGAGUUGCAAAGAAUUUGUGGGACUGGCCCUAAAUGUUGACUGGAUAACCUUUUUUUCUCAAGGGCAAAGAGCACAAGUCUUCCAGAAAUUCCAUUAUUUAAUUUUUGUAGAAGACUGAUAAUUGUUAAGGCUAGUUAAGGCUAGACUGUUCAUUGCUAUGAACAAUGGUUGGAAAACAUUUCCAGUGCUCUCCCUUGAUUCUUGUGGCAUACUAGUCAUUUCAUAGAUUGGGGCAGAAUUAAUCCCAUUUUAUAAUUUUUAUUUAUGAUCACCCUACUCUUCUUAUAAUUACCCACCUGUCGUCUACAUUGGAGGUACGGUCUACAGGGACAUGCAAAGUGGAAGGUGUGAAGGACAUGGAUAUUAGGUGAAUGCUGGUUUAUACAUUCACUCUUGUUUUUGUGUACAUGUAAUUUUCUGUAUUACCUCAGCAUGUAAGCAGAUUAAUAACAAGAGAGAAAGAUGGUGAUUUCUAAAAAGGAAAUAAAUAUAGAAGUUUCUCUGGAUCUAAUAGGUGUUUGAAGAAGAAGGCAUGACAGGAAUUUUCAUUUGGUCUAGUUGCAGCACAAGUAAAGAUUCCAAAGGUGGUUAAUUUAAACUUCAAUAAAGUUGCCCUGUCACAUUUGA